AUGAGAAGUCAGCUGACCCGAUCGCUAAUGCGCAUGUACGCCACUCAGUCUGGCACUACACUACAGCCAAGGGCCAUAACCUCGCGGACACAAUCUGAGAACGGGUUAUCUGGCAGGCGCGACAACCAUGGCUUCUAUAAUGCCGUGAAAAACAGACCACGUAUACUGAUUACAGGUUCACUGGGUCAGCUUGGUCCCGGACUGGCCAGGAUAUUGAGGGAGAGAUAUGGACGAGACAAUGUCAUCAUGUCUGAUAUCAAUCGAGCCUCGGAGUCUGUCCUAGAAUCAGGUCCAUUCCUGUUUGCUGAUGUACUGGACAUGCGAGGGCUGAGAGAAAUCUGUGUCAAUUAUGAGAUUGACUGGCUGAUUCACUUUAGUGCUUUGCUGAGUGCUGUUGGGGAGAGUAACCUGCCCCUGGCCAUGCAAGUGAACAUCCAAGGGCUACACAAUAUUCUGGAAGUGUCCAGAAUGCACAAGAUGAAACUGUUUGUGCCCAGUACCAUAGGUGCCUUUGGUCCAGACUCUCCUCGCAAUCCAACCCCUGACCUUACAAUUCAGAGGCCAAGGACAAUUUAUGGUGUCAGCAAAGUUCAUGCUGAACUUAUGGGAGAAUACUAUCACCACAAGUUUGGUCUAGAUUUCCGAUGCCUGAGAUACCCAGGUGUAAUUUCAACAGACCAGCCAGGAGGAGGUACAACAGACUAUGCCUUGAAGAUGUUCCAUGAUGCUCUCACCACCAAAGUCCACCACUGUUACCUGAAACCAGAAACCAGGCUACCCAUGAUGUACAUAGAUGACCUGCUCACAGCUACAGCAGAUUUUCUACAGAUGCCAGACAACCAACUGUCCAUGAGAACAUACAACAUUGGUGCUGUUGACUUUACACCAGAGGAACUAGCCAUGGAACUAAGGAAGUUUGUUCCUGACCUGGAAGUGGUCUACAAUCCAGAUAGCAGGCAAGCCAUUGCCGACUCAUGGCCCCAGAGAUUUGACUUUGGCAAUGCUAUAAGGGACUGGGGUUAUCACCCCUUGUACAACAUGUCAGCCAUUUGUGAGAUCAUGGUUCAGUCUCUGUUGCCGAGGUACAAGAAUAGAGGCAGCCUUAUCGAAGUCAAGGAGUGA